GUCUCCUUGGCAACUUGGAGUCGGUGUCUGCGUCUCUCAAGAGCCAGUGUCUGCUCCCACACCUCCAGCCUCUCCCUCUCCUCUUCCUCCCAACUCCCCACACUCACCGCCACCCCGUCCUCCUCCUCCCCUUCCUCAGCCAUCCGUCGCUGGAUCUCAUUCUCUCUCUUCCUCUGCUCUGCGCUCCCCUGCAGAGCCAGUCUCACUCGUCGCUGGCGUGCUUCCUCCCUCUCCAGAUGAGAGUACAGUCUGUGGAACAUGUGCAGCUGCCUUGCCUGGCUCCUGCGUCGGUCCAGAGCCAGUCUAUCAGGAGCUGUGAACCUCCUGCCAGCUGAUCUGUGUCCGCAGCAGCGUGAGGCAGGAAGAGUGGCUGGGGUGAGGACUUCGCCACAUGGCUCUUCUCCUCUCUCUGGUGUUGAGGGAGCUGGGGGAGGGGGAGAGGUUGGUCUACUGGCAGAGAGAAGACUCAGUCUAGCUCUCUGAACUGCUGACCCUGCCUCUGUCACUUCUACCUCACUAAUUACAGGGGUCCCCCUCCCUUGCAUCAAGGGUCUUCUUUUUGCUGAAAAACUUCUUGUUUCUUUCUUAAUAUGAUGGGUAUUGGCGGUAUCCGAGACCUUGUUCAGUCUAGCUCGCUCUUUCCUCCGCACUCUCUCCUUGACGUCUCUCUGAAAUGCCAACAACCGCUCCUCUUUCAUUCUCCUCGUCUCCUCGCCCCGUGCCUGCAGCUCCUGGGUAUCUAGGGCAAUGACGUCACCCCCCAUUUGGUAGGACUCGACUUGAGUCUUUACCAACUCCACUCGACCGUUGCAAGAUGCUAUGUGCCCGCGAAUGUGCGGCUGAACUCGAAGUCCACCUGAAUACAUGAUAUUCUAAUUGGUGCCCACUUUGCAUUUUGAACCUUGUUGUCAUGGCAAUUAAUAAUUCCAGCGGCGCGCGCACAAUAAAACUCUAAUUAAUGCCCAGUAUAAGUGGCCAUCUUGGCGGUUGUUUACGAGACAUGGCGGAGGGAACAAACGUUUUCCUGAGAGAGAUCGACGAACUACUAGGAGAUGAGGUGACUGAGACUGACGAGAAGGACGUAAGGCAGUUGGAUGAUGCCAGGGAACCAGAAGACGAGCUGAAGGCUGCACUGGCCGCUCACGAGGAGGUUGACGUCCUCCAGAAGUUAUGUGAGGGGAGGAAGGUUCCUGGAGACCUGCGACUGGCCCUGUGGAAGGAAUGUCUGGGAGUGUCUCGUCAGCCUGACGAUGGGCAGCUGGAGUGGUCCUCUGGACUGCGAGGGGCAAGACGUCAUCCAUAGACAGUGUCAGGAAGCAGCAGCCAAACUGCCUCUGGACGAGUCAUCUCGGCAGCUGGCAGCCCAGGACAUGGAGCUGGUAGUCUCCUACUACUGUAAGACCAGGAAUAUCCGCUACUCUCCCGAGCAAGGCUGGACUGAGCUACUGCUGGUCCUGGCCUCCCUGCAGAUGAGCAGGGCUGACCUUUUCAACUGCUUCUAUGCCAUGCUGGCCAAGUACAUUCCCAGCAGGAGAAGGUUCCUGCGUCAACCAACAGCUCUACUACUGUCCUGUCACUGGCCAAUAACUCCUGCAGACACUAUGGAGAGCCUUAUAGGUCACCAUCGCAGUCAGUGGUGUGGAUGUGUACGUACACACAUGGCAGACAUUAGGACAAGAAUGACAUUAUUAAUUUAGUGCUUUUCAUUUUAGUAGUGAAGCUAGCCCGUUACUAACACUCAACUAUGACGCGCCGUUUGUGUCAAAACGAAAUUUUCCUGUAAAUCUCAGUAAUCGUGGCGACGAAUCGUUUUCUCGGCGACGAAUCGAUUUUCGGGGCGACGAUUCUACUUUCGUAGCGACAUUUCUUCUUUCGUCGCGACGAAUUUCUACGGCUAAGAUUGUUAAUCAAGCGACGAAAGCUUCUCAAGGGAACUAAUGUUGGAUUUAGGGCGACGACGGCACGUAACUUUCCUACUGCGACGAUAUUUCAGGUGGGGGAGUUGAAAGGUUAACUUACUCGAAACCAGUAUAUAUAAUUAGUAUAGAGGCGGGAU